AUGAUCAAUUCAUUCGAAGGUCACUACAAGUCACGUCGAACUAUCAACCUUGGGGGGAGAAGACAACAAGAAGAUAGGGAAGCACUCGUGAAAAAAACUCACGAUCAACGUAAAGCUAGAGAGAAAGAGCGACUAAAACAAAAGUCUGCAAUCAAAAUUCAGGCUUUUUAUCGCGGAAGAACUACGGCUGGAACGUUUCGUGAUAAUGAGCGCAAAUCUUGGGAUCAACAAAUCAAAUUCAUGAUAAAUAAUGUAUAUUCUGAGCGUGAUUUGGCUCUGAAUUUGAUUAAUCUCGUGCGCAGCUUUCUCUUUUUUUACCGUUCGCAUUAUGAUGCUCAAAGAAAAUUAAACUUGAAUCAAAUGUUGCGGAAACAAACAAAAGGUUUAGAAGCAGUAUUCUUUCCAUUUUACUACGAUGAUUUACGAGAUUUGUGGACUUACCAAUUAAAACGGACUUUAGUCAUAUUUCUCAAAAAUCUUGAAAUUAAUACUAUGCAACCAUAUCAAAGUAUCUAUAAUUUGGAAACGUUGCUUCUAUCCAUGAACAUCUCAAAGUAUCAAAAAAUUCAGAAUAUUAAUAGAGAGUUAGUAACUCUAUCAAGGAAUUUUAGAAUACCUUGUAAAGAAUGGCUUAUACGUAGAAUUGAGAAAUAUUUUGAUCAGCAUGAAGAUAAAGAUAAUCCUGUAAUACUACCUUUAGUUGAACUUGCUUUGCACCCUUUACAAAUUUCAUCAUCUUCACACCAAAUCUAUGAUUCAUUUCUACAAAAUUUUAUCACUCAUAUCUUUACAAUUCCACUAAUACCGAAUCGGAUCAAUAUUGAAACUUUAAAAAUAUUUUCUUCUCGGUUACCAUUGAAUGAUAUUAUUCUGAAAUUGUCAACUAUGGUUGGAGCUGUAGAGGAUAUAGAACAAGGAUGUGUACUAUUUGGAAAUUUGCUAGCAUUUGCACAUCAAAAGGUUUCAAAAAUGAAGAUUAAUGUGAUGUUGGCUUAUAUGAAAACAAUUCAAAACCUAGCAUUACGAAUUCCAACUCAGCUAUUAAUUGACAAAUCUGAAAACUCUAAUGAUGCAUUGCCUAAAGUUGAUCCACGAAUUUUAAAGUGGAUUUCUCGCUUGUUUGAUAAGGAGCAUUUGGCUUCAUUUUUCGCACUUGUAGCUUCUUCGGCCAUUUUCGGAGUUUCAAAUUUUUUUAUAACCUUAAUGAUUCGAUGGCCGUCCAAGAAAGUUGUCCUAUUAAACAACAUGAUUUAUGGAAAACGUCCUGUAGUUAGUUUGCUAUGGGGUGCAUUUGAAAAUACAGAAUUGGCUCAAUUAUUAACAAAUAACAAAUCAAACUCAAACACAAUGACGGAUCCCACUUUUUCUGAACAAUGGGGUUUAUUUGCCUUACUCUGUGAGGUAUAUAGUAGAGUUUUGUUUACUAUGGGUGACGAUGAAUUUUUUGAUGAGCGUAAAAAUCCGUUAAGGUUAUCAGAAAUCAUCAAGAUGUCUACUUGUAUGAAGCAUGUGGGAUUUUUGAUAUAUUGGAACAGGAACAAUAGUCCUCCAUUAAAAAUGGAUGUCAGAAUUGAAAGUAGUUGCAUUGAUUUAUAUUAUCUAAGAGAUAUUGUUACCAAACUAUUGCGGCAGAUUCAUGCGAGAGAUUCUCGCCGUCAAUUCACCCCAACAGAUCACUGGUUAAUGACUUCAGAGAUUGACAUGAAUGUUUUUGUGAAAAUUGUAGUUUUAGAUGAGCAAGAUCUUGAAUAUGAUAGUGAUGAUGAAGCUUGUAACUUAGAUAAGAUGCAGAUAGCGAAUAUUAGCCCGAGACUUGGAAUCUUGUAUAAUAUUCCUUUUGUAAUACCAUUUGAGGAGAGGGUUAAAAUCUUUAGAGAAUUUGUUCAGAAUGAUCGUGAACGGAAUAUUAAUCGUGCCGAUUUAUUUAUGCAGCCACGUGCACGUGUUUCAAUUAGACGAAAUUCUGUGUUUGAAGAUGGUUUCAGUAAUCUUAAUGCAUUAGGUUCCGGACUGAAAAGUCCGAUUGCUAUUCAAUUCAUUGAUGAAUUUGGAAUGCAAGAAGCUGGUAUUGAUGGUGGUGGCUUAUUUAAGGAAUUUUUGACUUCGUUGACACGUAUUGCGUUUGACACAAAUUACGGGUUAUUCCUUAGUACUAAGGAACAACUUUUAUACCCUAAUCCAUAUGCAUUUUCCAGUCAAGAGCAACUUAGUUACUAUGGGUUUAUUGGUCGUAUAUUAGGCAAAGCUCUAUAUGAAGGAAUUUUGGUUGAUGCCGCAUUUGCCGGCUUCUUUUUAAAUAAAUGGCUAGGAAGAACAUCAUAUUUGGAUGACUUGCCUUCUCUUGAUCCAGAAUUGUAUCAGGGCCUUAUAUAUUUAAAAAACUAUCAAGGCGAUGUUGAAUCGGAUUUAUCACUUAAUUUCACUGUUGUAAAUAAUGAGCUUGGAGUAUCUCGAACUAUUGAACUUAUUCCAGGAGGAAGUGAUAUACCAGUCACCAAUGAAAACCGUAUUAGUUAUAUACAUAGGGUGGCAGACUAUAGAUUAAAUAAACAAAUAGAACUUCAAUGCGGAGCAUUCUUUGGAGGAUUAUUAGAUUUGAUUAAUCAAAAAUGGUUAAUGAUGUUUAAUCAGGAAGAACUUCAAAUACUUGUUGGAGGAGCAUAUAUUCCGAUAAAUAUUGAAGACUUAAAACAAAAUACAGAAUAUUCUGAUUACAAGGAAGAUGACCCUGUCAUUAUUAAUUUCUGGAAAGUUGUAACUGAAUUUCCCGAAGAACAAAAACAAAAACUAAUAAAAUUUGUUACUUCGUGUUCUCGACCUCCUUUACUUGGUUUUAAGGAACUUCAUCCUAAGUUCAGUAUACGUAAAGCUGGAUCAGGAACUCGAUUACCUUCCUCCAGUACUUGCGUUAAUUUACUAAAGCUACCAGCUUAUUCUGAUGAAAAUACUUUAAGGGAGAAAUUGUCAUAUGCCAUAAAUGCUGAUGUUGGUUUUGAUCUAUCUUGA